AUGCACCAACGGUACGAGGCAGUCGAAGAAGCCCAUACCAAAAACUUUGCCUCGAUCUUGGACUUUGGCGCCGACGCCGACGCCAACGCCAACAGUUCCAAAGAGCAAACAAGAAAUGUCUGGCCGUCAGAUAGCGACAAGUUACGGAGAGAGGCAAAGCGAAAGCUUUGGAAUUGGGUUGCAUCGCCUGGUGGCAUUUUCCACAUCUCAGGAAGAAUGGGGUCUGGAAAAUCCACCUUGAUGAAGCUUCUGGUUGAAAGCGAAGAAAUGCGAGCAAAGCUGGAAGAAUGGACCGGUGACCGAGCUUUUGUUUUGCAGAAGUCGUUCGCGGGCCUUCUCCGGUCCCUCCUCCACGACGCGUUAAAGUGCUGCCCGGGCCUCAUAUCCAAUGUCAUGCCUGAGACCUGGAUGCGUGCUGGUAACGUUCCGUGGCACGACCAAUCCGCACUCGAGAUCAACAACAAGGAGGUCAGAGCGGCUUUUGACCGGCUAUUUCAGCAACCCGACCACUGCUUCUACUUCUUCAUCGAUAGACUAGACGAGUUCAUGGUCGACACUUUGAACGGCUAUCGCGAGGAAAACGUCUUCAUGAACAACUUUGACGCCGGAAACAGAAUUCGGCUUCACGAGCUUACUGCAAAGGAUAUGAAACAGUAUGUUGAAGACCGGCUACAGGGUAUCCCGCAACAGGAAAGAUCUUUCCUGGUGUCGGAGAUAACUUCCAAGGCCGAUGGCAUAUUCCUUUGGGUAACCUUAGUGGUGAGGACGGUGCGGGAGCAAAUCGAAAACGGCAUCGAGCUCCCGGAUCUGAUGACCUCGCUCCUGGAGGAAGAGUCAUGA